GUGAGGGAAUUUUAUUUUAUUUUAUUUUUAAUUUCCCUUAUAUUGGCUGUUUGAACAAAAUAUGUCCAAACACAGCCGCCGAAUCGACAUGCCUAGAUUGCUCGACGGUCCGAAAAGGAAGAAAACAGGGUCAGUGCACUGCACGCGCCGCUUGCAUUCAGUGCUUUCCUCCAAGCUCAUCACCUCUGCUUCAUUCAAAGAGAUCCUCACCGUCGUCAACUGACACACCUACGAAACAACACCCACUCCAUCUACCCGUCAAUCUCGUCGAGAUCCCGUCGAAGCCAUGUCCCAGGCUCGAGUUUACGCAGACAUCAAUGUCCACCGCCCGAGAGAUUACUGGGACUACGAGUCUCUCACCGUCCAAUGGGGUGAUCAGGAUGACUAUGAGGUUGUUCGGAAAGUUGGAAGGGGAAAGUACAGUGAAGUUUUUGAAGGUAUAAAUGUGACCAACAAUGAGCGAUGCAUCAUCAAGAUCCUAAAGCCCGUCAAAAAGAAGAAGAUAAAGAGGGAGAUAAAAAUACUACAAAACCUCUGUGGAGGCCCAAAUAUUGUGAAGCUGCUUGAUAUUGUUAGAGAUCAGCACUCAAAAACUCCUAGCCUGAUUUUUGAAUAUGUGAACAGCACAGAUUUCAAAGUUUUGUACCCCACACUGACCGAUUAUGACAUACGCUACUACAUAUAUGAGCUUCUAAAGGCAUUAGAUUACUGUCAUUCCCAAGGCAUAAUGCAUAGGGAUGUCAAGCCACACAAUGUUAUGAUAGAUCAUGAGCUCCGAAAACUUCGGUUAAUAGACUGGGGUCUAGCUGAAUUUUACCAUCCUGGCAAGGAAUACAAUGUCCGUGUAGCGUCAAGAUACUUUAAGGGGCCUGAACUCCUUGUUGAUUUGCAAGAUUAUGACUACUCUCUGGACAUGUGGAGCCUGGGUUGUAUGUUUGCUGGAAUGAUUUUUCGUAAGGAGCCAUUUUUUUAUGGUCAUGACAACCAUGACCAGCUUGUGAAAAUUGCCAAGGUUCUUGGGACAGAUGAGUUGAAUGCAUAUUUGAACAAGUAUCAUCUGGAGCUUGAUCCACAACUUGAGGCACUGGUUGGAAGGCACAGUAGGAAGCCAUGGUCCAGAUUUAUUAAUGCAGAUAAUCAACAUCUGGCUUCCCCAGAGGCUAUUGAUUUUCUUGAUAAGCUACUUCGUUAUGAUCAUCAGGAUAGGCUCACAGCAAGAGAAGCAAUGGCCCAUCCAUAUUUCUUCCAAGUGAGGGCUGCUGAGAAUAGCAGGAUGCGGACACAGUAGUAAUAGCUCCCAUGGCAUUUUCAUUUAAACCAGGUUGUACUCGCAUCAAAUCAGUAGUCUUGGUGCAGUUAGUGGUUGCUUGUUGACAUGACAACUGCUUAGGUAGUUGGAUAUUCUCGGUUGCCGUAAGAUGGCAUUCUUGAACUUCUUCCCAGAUUGUAUAUUAUGCCUCAGUUAAAAUUUCAUAGUGAAUUAUUAUGAAUAUGAACAUUACCUAUUGCUUGCGGUAUCUUGGCAUUGUAGAUGGUAGCUUCCCAGUGAAAUUUGUGGUGACAAUGCUAUCAUAUUAAAUGCUUAUUUUUACUGUGAUCUUGGUGGUUAUUUAGUACGUCCAUUCUGUUUGUUGUAAUGAGAUGUUGGGAAUUACAGGACAAACUUUUUAUGUAUUAAGAUUUGCCACUAUGCAAGUAGUUUCCUCUC